AGUACUCAUCCUUAGAUUUGAGCCAUUCGAUCAUCUCACCAGCUCUCGUGGCCUAAUGGUUAGGGCAUCCGAUUUCUACUCGGAGGAUUGGGGGUUCAAGUCCCUCCGAGAGUUCACUUCUAUUUUUUUGGGCUAUUUCAACUCUAAUGAAACCCUCCCCUGGUUGUAAGUAAAUAAGGCCUCGGGUGGGAUCAAUAUGGACGGACAACGUGGGGAUGGGUGGUUGUCUGCAAAAGAAUGCAGCAUGCAAGUGAUUUGCCAAGGUUUCUUACGCCUUUCCUAACCAGGCUAGUCACAUGGCUUCUGUUUUGUCGCUUUGGGGACCCAGCGGCGGGUUGCCAACAACUGCUUGCGACACUUUGUACUGUACUGUCGAGAAAACGGUGGGCUGUUCAACGGGUGCUUUCGGAUAGCAACUACUCCGCAUUGAGCAUGGGCUAUAUUGAAAUUACAUGUGUGGAAGUCCCAGUCUUGAUGGUCCAAAUAUACCAAGCUCUUAUGUAGAAUAAACAGCCCUUGUAUAUUGUCAAACCGUCCGGAUCCUUG